AUGAGCCAAUCACAGCAGGUGCCCUCAGCGCGACCACCACCCGUCAUGGGGCGCUACGACAAUUCCCACGACGAGCUGCACAUGGCUGCCGGCACGCAAAUGCCCCUUCACGAGUAUCCUCCCCAGAUCAAGUUUGACCACGCACAGCCGCCAUUGCCAGCGCCUUCCCAGCGUCUCUCUUCUGCGACCGCCUCCGCCAGCGCCAGAUCCUCGGCCGUUCCCAACGUCCUGCAACCCGGUGGCAUGGCAUCGCGGCCGCAUCCAAUGUCUUCCAACGCCACCCCCCAGCUGCCCGGCCUUCACGGCUCGAUGCCGCCUCAGCAUGGCCUCCAGCAGCAGUCACACUCUCAGCAACAGUCCCCGAUGCAGGAAUACUCUCCCGCCGGCAAGCCUCCCUUGAGCCUCUCUCACAGCUACUCGCGCUCCAGCCCCGCAGCCGGCUACGAUGCGGCUUCCUCGUCGUCUUACCAUGCCUAUACUCCUACCACGCCAGGCGGCUCAUCGGCGCAGUUUGUCUCUACCCCGGAUGCCAACAAGUACGGCCCUCCCGGCUCCCAGCGCAACAUCGCAAACACCCCAUUGGGUCUGGCCGACAUUCGUCCCCGCGCCGACUCGAGCAUGUCCGACGGCUCUCCCAGCGGCAUGGGCUACGACGUCGUAAAUGCCCAGCCAGGGCCUAGCAAUUAUCUCGCACCUUGGGCCGUGUACGCCUUUGAUUGGUGCAAAUGGAGACCACAGGGCAACAGCGCUGGCAAGAUUGCUGUUGGCAGCUAUCUCGAAGAUGGACACAACUUUAUUCAAAUUCUCGACUCUCACAUUGUUCCGACGCCUCAAGAAGUGUACACACCCGGCGCCUCCAAAUACAACCUCGAAUUCACAAAACUUGCCGAAGCUACACACUCGUACCCCGUAACUCGUCUAUUAUGGGAGCCGCCGUCCUCGCAGAAGCAGUCUACAGAUCUCUUGGCCACUUCGGGCGAUCAUCUUCGACUAUGGUCGCUGCCAUCCGACACGCCAUCCAACCCCGGCAACACCAUUACACGUAGUGGUCCCCGUGACCCUGCCGCCGCCAAACUGACACCUCUUGCGCUCUUGUCAAACUCAAAGACGCCCGAUCACACAGCUCCUCUGACGUCUCUCGACUGGAACACCGUUUCUCCCAGCCUCAUCAUCACCUCCAGCAUUGACACUACCUGUACAAUCUGGGACAUUCCUUCGCUGACUGCCAAGACGCAACUGAUUGCACACGACAAGGAAGUCUACGAUGUGAGAUUCUGCGCCAACAGCGUCGACGUUUUCGUGAGCUGUGGCCAGGACGGCAGCGUGCGCAUGUUUGAUCUCCGCAGCCUAGAACACUCCACCAUCAUUUACGAGCCUACCGGAAAGGAUGACCGACUUGAUGGCUCAGGACGCAACAGUCCUACACAAGCUCAGCAAACCAUGGCUAAUCCUCCUCCUCUGCUGCGUCUCGCCACCUCUCCACACGAUACCCAUCUCCUGGCUACAUUUGCCCAGGACUCUAACAUUAUUCGCGUUCUCGACGUACGGCAGCCCGGUCAGGCUCUUCUCGAGCUGCAUGGCCACAGCGGGUCAAUCAACUGCCUAGAGUGGUCCCCUCUUCGACGUGGCACAUUGGCUUCUGGUGGUGACGACUGUCAGGUUCUGAUCUGGGACCUCAUCAACUCGGGCUCUUCUAUUCCCGCAAACGGAUCGCAGGAGAACACGCGGAGCCCUGUUGCUAGCUGGGAAUGCGAUUAUGAAGUGGGCAACCUGGGCUGGACACCACAUCUGCAAGGUCACGACUAUGGCGAAUGGCUGGGUGUCAGUGCAGGACGAGGUAUCUGGGGUGCACGGCUCAAUUAA